ACGUCGGUCUCGGGCUGCGGGACUUCGGCGCCGAGUCGCACUCGAGAGCGGUCGCGAUGCUGACGGGGACGGGGACGGUGCGCUGCGCGCUCCCGCUGCUCGGGCUCGCGGCGCUCGCGGCGCUGGGCCAGGCGCUGCUCGCCCCGCCGACGGUGAACGUCAGCCUGGACGAGGGGCCGGAGCUGCGCUGGAAGCCGCUGCUGCAAGUGUUCGACGUGGAGUUCCUGAGGAGAGCGGGCGCAGAGGUCAUCGACUCUACCGUUCCAAAAUGGGUGCACCAGGCACUCGCCCCGGUGGUGGUGGCCCUGGAGAAGUACAUUCCUCCGCCUUAUGCAGGGGAGAUCCGAGGCAUGGCCUCGCUCUUCGGGGGAAGCCUGUCAGACAUCGUCAUUCUCAACUUCGCCUACGAAAUAUCCGCAUUUUGCACCAGCAUCGUGGCCCAGGACAAAAACGGGAGCGUGUACCACGGCAGGAACCUCGAUUAUCCACACCCUGUUCUGAGGAAUCUGACUGUCAACGUGGUUUUCCUCAAGAAUGGAGAGGUGGCGUACCGCGGAACUUCUUUUGCUGGCUAUGUUGGACUGUGGACGGGACAAAGUCCUCACAAGUUUACUGUCUCCGGAGACCAGCGAGGCAGUGAUCACUGGUGGAACUGGUGGAAGAAUUUUGUGUCCGCAUUCCUCUUGGGUAGAACUCCUGUCAGCUGGCUGGUGAGGGAGACACUUGUGGAAGCAGAGAACUUCCAGGAUGCAGUGAUGCGUCUAUCUAAAAUCCCCAUCAUCACCGGCGUGUAUUACAUCGUGGGCGGGGUGCGAGCUGGGGAAGGGGUCGUCAUCACCCGGGACCGAAAGGGCCCCGCUGAUAUCUGGCCACUGGAUCCUGUAAACGGAGGAUGGUACAGAGUGGAGACAAACUAUGACCACUGGCUUCCCUCCAGGGACCCUCGAAGAUAUGCAGCCAGCAAAGCACUGAACGCUACUGGCCAGGAUCACAUUAACAUGGAUACACUCUACCAGGUUCUGUCCCAGUUUCCAGUGUGUAACGGAAUUACUGUUUACACGACAACAAUGAGCGCAGCACACCCUGAGAAGUACAGGUCGCUUGUCAGGCCACAGGGAUGUCCUUAAACUGACUGAGCUGACUGCUGUCACCAAUGCUGAGUGUUUUUAUUCUUGAAUACCUGAACUACACAACAUUGUGAUUUGCUGAUUCACGAUCAUGCGGGGAUCAUAUACGGAAUUUGACACAUGCAGUUCAGGGUGAGAGCGUGUUUCUGCCUCGAAAGAAUGUAAAAAAAAAGAUUUUUCCAAUUAUUGUAUCGCCUUAUGUACAUGCAAUUUAUAAGUGAAGCUUAAUAAACUUGUGAUUACUGACAA